AUGCCGGGCCGCACCGUGUGGCGGCUGGCGCUGCUCGCCCUCUGCCUGGGGGCCGCGGCGGCGGGGGGACAUCGCCGCGGAGCCGGCGGCAAGAGCCGGCGGCAGGCGCAGACCCAAACCACCUCGCUGCCGCAGGGCACCGCCGCGCAGGGAAAGCAGACCUGCUAUGACAAUGGACGGUACUACCAGAUAAACCAGCAGUGGGAGCGCACUUACCUGGGAAACACUCUGGUCUGUACCUGCUACGGUGGGAGCCGAGGGUUCAACUGCGAGAGCAAGCCCGAACCUGAAGAGACCUGCUUUGACAAAUACACUGGAUCCACUUACCGAGUUGGGGAGACCUAUGAGCGCCCCAAGGACUCCAUGAUCUGGGACUGUACUUGCAUUGGAGCUGGACGUGGGAGAAUCAGCUGCACCAUUGCCAAUCGCUGCCAUGAGGGCGGCCAGUCCUACAAGAUCGGCGAUACGUGGCGCCGGCCCCAUGAGACGGGCGGCUACAUGCUGGAGUGUGUGUGCCUGGGCAACGGCAAGGGCGAGUGGACCUGCAAGCCUGUGGCCGAGCGGUGCUACGACAACACGGCCGGGACGUCCUACGUGGUGGGAGAGACCUGGGAGAAACCCUACCAGGGCUGGAUGAUGGUGGACUGCACCUGCCUCGGUGAGGGCAGCGGCCGCAUCACCUGCACCUCCAGAAAUCGCUGCAAUGACCACGACACCAAGACUUCCUACAGAAUUGGAGACAACUGGAGCAAGAAGGAUAACCGUGGGAACUUGCUGCAGUGUGUCUGCACCGGGAAUGGCAGAGGCGAAUGGAAGUGUGAGAGACACACGUCCCUGCACACUACCAGCACUGGCUCUGGCUCUCCCAGCAUCACGAACGUGCAGACUGCGCUGUACCAGCCCCAGCCGCAGCAGCCCCAGCCCCAGCCCUACGGCCAGUGCAUCACGGACAACGGCGUCAUCUACUCGGUGGGCAUGCAGUGGCUCAAGACACAGGGCAGCCAGCAAAUGCUGUGCACCUGCCUGGGCAACGGAGUCAGCUGCCAGGAGAUAGCUGUGACCCAAACAUAUGGUGGCAAUUCUGAUGGAGAGCCCUGUGUUCUGCCUUUCACCUACGAUGGAAGGACUUUCUAUUCCUGCACCACCGAGGGCCGCACAGAUGGGCACUUCUGGUGCAGCACCACUUCCAACUUUGAGCAGGACAGGAGAUACUCCUUCUGUACUGAGCAGAAUGUUUUGGUCCAGACACGUGGUGGCAAUUCCAAUGGUGCUCUGUGCCACUUCCCCUUCCUGUACAACAACCGCAACUACACUGACUGUACUUCUGAGGGACGGAGGGACAACAUGAAGUGGUGUGGAACCACUGAGAACUACGAUGCUGACCAGAAGUUUGGCUUCUGCCCCAUGGCUGCCCAUGAAGAAAUCUGCACAACCAAUGACGGUGUCAUGUACCGUGUUGGGGACCAGUGGGAUAAGCAGCAUGACAUGGGUCACAUGAUGAGAUGUACUUGUGUAGGAAAUGGCCGUGGAGAAUGGACCUGCAUUGCCUAUUCACAGCUCAGAGACCAGUGCAUCGUGGAUGGCAUCACCUAUGACGUGAACCAGACCUUCCACAAGCGCCAUGAUGAGGGGCACAUGCUGAACUGCACCUGCUUUGGCCAGGGCCGGGGCAGAUGGAAGUGUGAUCCUGUUGACCAGUGCCAGGACUCAGAAACCCGCACCUUCUAUCAAAUUGGAGACUCCUGGGAGAAGUAUGUCCAUGGGGUCAGAUACCAGUGCUAUUGCUAUGGUCGUGGGAUUGGAGAAUGGCACUGUCAACCCCUACAGACUUACCCUGGGUCAACUGGACCUGUUCAGGUGAUCAUCACAGAGAGUACAAAUCAGCCAAACUCCCACCCCAUCCAGUGGAAUGCUCCUGAACGAUCUCACAUCACUCAGUACAUCUUGCGCUGGAGACCGAAAAACUCAGGAAGGCAGUGGAAGGAAGCCACCAUCCCUGGCCACCGGAACUCGUACACCAUCUCAGGCCUGAAGCCUGGUGUGAUCUAUGAGGGGCAGCUCAUCAGUGUACAGCAGUACGGCCACAAAGAAGUCACCCGCUUCGAUUUUACCACAACCAGCACCACAGCAGUGACGAGCAACACUGUUUCAGGAGAGACAACUCUUCUUCCCCCUGUGGUUGCUACUUCAGAAUCCGUCACUGAAAUCACAUCCAACAGCUUUGUUGUCUCCUGGGUUUCUGCUUCUGACACUGUUUCUGGAUUCCGUGUUGAGUAUGAGCUGAGCGAGGAGGGUGAUGAGCCACAGUACCUUGAUCUACCAAGCACAGCCACUUCUGUCAACAUCCCUGACUUGCUUCCUGGUCGCAAGUAUAUUGUUAAUGUCUAUCAGAUCUCUGAAGAAGGAGAGCAGAAUCUGAUCCUCUCUACUUCACAGACUACAGCUCCUGAUGCACCACCCGACCACACAGUGGAAAGUGUGGAUGACACAUCCAUUGUCAUCAGCUGGAGCAGACCACAGGCUCCAAUCACAGGCUACAGGAUUGUCUACGUACCCUCUGUGGAAGGCAGCAGCACAGAGCUCAACCUGCCCGACACCGCCACCUCUGUGACACUCAGUGACCUGAUGCCAGGGGUUCAGUACAACAUCAGCAUCUAUGCAGUGGAGGAAAACCAGGAGAGCACCCCUGUCUUCAUCCAGCAGGAAACCACUGGGGUCCCACGCACAGAUGAGGUGCCCUCCCCCAGAGACCUGCAGUUUGUGGAGGUUUCUGACAUCAAGAUCACCAUCAUGUGGACCCCACCGCAGAGCCAAGUGUCGGGCUAUCGGGUGGAGGUGAUCCCUGUCAACCGCCCCGGCCAGCACGGCCAGAGACUGCCCAUCACCAGGAGCGCUUUUGCUGAAGUCAUUGACCUGAUCCCAGGAACAACCUAUCUCUUCAAGAUCUUUGCUGUAAACCAGGGCAGGGAGAGCAAACCUUUGACUGGAGAGCAAACCACCAAGCUCGAUGCCCCCACCAACCUGCGGUUCCUCAACACCACGGAGCACUCGGUGCUGGUGCUGUGGACGCGGCCCCGGGCCGUGAUCACGGGCUACAAGCUGACAGCAGGGCCCACCAGAGGAGGGCAGCCCCGCACCUACAACGUGGGACCCUCAGCCACCAAGUACCUGCUCAGGAACCUGCAGCCUGGCACCGAGUACACCGUGUACCUCGUGGCCGUCAAAGGCGACCUGCAGAGCAACAGAGAGACCGGGGUCUUCACCACUUAUCAGCCUGCUGGCUCUGUUCCUCCUUUUAACACAGAAGUGACUGAGACCUCAAUUGUCAUCACCUGGACACCUGCCCCAAGGAUUGGUUUCAAGCUGGGAGUGCGCCCAAGCCAGGGAGGAGAGGCUCCUCGGGAGGUGAUCUCGGACUCGGGCAGCAUCGUGAUCUCUGGGCUGACUCCUGGUGUGGAAUACACCUACAGCCUCACAGUGCUGAUGGAUGGCCAGGAGAGAGAGACCCCCAUCAUCAGGAGAGUCACCACACCACUGGCUCCACCAACCAGCCUGCGCCUGAAAUCCAAUCCUGACACUGGCAUCCUGAUAGUCUCUUGGGAGAGAAGCACAUCUCCAGGCAUCAGCGGGUACCGCGUGACCACUGCUCCCACCGAUGGACAGCAGGGCUCUACCCUGGAGGAGGUGGUGGGUGCAGAUCAGACCACCUGCACCUUUGAGAACCUCAGCCCUGGUGUGGAGUACAAUGUCAGUGUCUACUCUGUCAAGGAUGACCAGGAGAGUGUCCCCAUCUCAGAAACCAUCACACCAGCUGUGCCUCCUCCCACUGAUCUGCGCUUCACUAAUGUGGGGCCUGACACCAUGAGGGUGACUUGGACUGCUCCAACUUCCAUCGUGCUGAGCGGUUUCCUGGUGCGCUACUCCCCUGCCAAGAAGGAGGAGGAUGUUGCAGAGGUGACAGUCUCCCCCUCUGACAACAUGGUCAUCUUAACAAACCUGCUCCCUGGCACUGAAUAUCUGGUGAAAGUCUACAGCGUUUCUGAGCAGCAUGAGAGCGCACCUUUGUAUGGAAUCCAGAAAACAGGUCUUGAUUCCCCCACUGGCCUGGACUUCUCGGAUAUAACGGCCAACUCCUUCACGGUGCACUGGAUCGCUCCGCGUGCCACCAUCACGGGCUACAGGAUCCGCUACCAGCCGGAGCAGGGCGGCGGCCGGCCCAAGGAGGACCGUGUGCCCCCCUCCAGGAACUCCAUCACCCUCACCAACCUGCUGCCAGGCACUGAGUACGUGGUCAGCAUCAUCGCUGUCAACGGCAGGGAGGAGAGCCUGCCCUUGGUUGGCCAGCAAACAACAGUGUCUGAUGUUCCAAGGGACUUGGAAGUCACCCCUACCAGCCCAACCAGCCUCAAGAUUUCCUGGGAUGCUCCUGCAGUGACAGUCAGAUACUACCGGAUCACUUAUGGUGAAACAGGUGGAAGCAGCCCAGUACAGGAGUUCACAGUGCCUGGCACCGUGUCUACUGCCACCAUCACUGGCAUCAAGCCUGGUGUUGAAUACACCAUCACUGUGUAUGCUGUAACUGGCCGUGGAGACAGCCCUGCCAGCAGCAAGCCAGUCACUGUCACCUACAGAACAGAAAUAGACACACCAUCCCAGAUGCAAGUCACCGAUGUCCAGGACAACAGUAUCAGCAUCAGAUGGCUCCCUUCAGCAUCCCCAGUCACAGGGUACCGGGUGACUGCUGUCCCCAAGAAGGGACAUGGGCCCACAAAAACGAAAAAUGUCCCUGCAGAUCAAACCCAAGUGACAAUUGAAGGUCUGCAGCCCACAGUGGAGUACAUGGUCAGUGUCUAUGCUCAGAAUCAGAACGGGGAGAGCCUGCCCUUGGUUGAGACAGCUGUCACCAACAUUGACCGCCCUAAAGGACUAACAUUCACUGAGGUGGAUGUUGAUUCCAUCAAAAUUGCUUGGGAAAGCCCUCAGGGGCAAGUCACCAGGUACAGGGUGACCUACUCAAGCCCUGAGGAUGGAAUCCAUGAGCUAUUGCCGGCCCCAGGUGGCGAAGAAGACACUGCUGAGCUGCAUGGCCUCAGGCCAGGUUCUGAGUACACUAUCAAUAUCGUUGCCAUUUACGAUGACAUGGAGAGCCUGCCCCUCACUGGGACCCAGUCCACAGCAAUUCCACCUCCAACAAACCUGAAGUUUACUCAGGUAACUCCCACCAGUCUCACCAUCAACUGGAAUGCACCCAACGUUCGCCUCACUGGCUACAGGGUCAGAGUGAACCCCAAAGAAAAGACUGGUCCUAUGAAAGAAAUCAACCUUUCUCCAGACAGCACAUCUGCAGUCGUGUCUGGCUUGAUGGUGGCAACCAAGUACGAAGUGAGUGUGUAUGCCCUGAAGGACUCCCUGACCAGCAGACCAGCCCAGGGGGUGGUCACAACCCUUGAAAAUGUGAGUCCCCCUCGCAGGCCCAGGGUGACAGAUGUCACCGAGACAACCAUCACCAUCACCUGGAGGACCAAGACUGAGACCAUCACUGGCUUCCUGGUGGAAGCCGUCCCUGCAGGCGGCCAGAACCCCAUUCAGAGGACCAUCAGCCCUGAACUCAGGAGUUACACUAUCACUGGCUUGCAGCCAGGCACUGACUACAAGAUCUACCUGUACACUCUGAAUGAGAAUGCACGCAGCUCCCCGGUGGUCCUGGAUGCCUCCACUGCUAUCGAUGCUCCUUCUAACCUGCGCUUCCUUACGACCACGAGCAACUCCCUGCUGGCCACCUGGCAGCCUCCCCGAGCCAAGAUCACCGGCUACAUCAUCAGAUAUGAGAAACCUGGCUCACCAGUCAAGGAGGUCGUGCCUCGCCCCCGGCCCGGCACCACCGAGGCUACCAUUACUGGUUUGGAACCUGGCACUGAAUACAUCAUCUACAUCAUUGCUGUGAAGAACAGUCAGAAGAGUGAACCACUGGUUGGCAGAAAAAGGACAGAUGAGCUGCCCACGUUGAUUAGCAGACCACACCCCAACCAGCCUGACAUCCUGGAUGUGCCUUCCAUUGACGAGGGGACCCCUUACCUCACGAACAAUAGGUAUGACAAUGGCAAUGGUAUCCAACUUCCAGGCUCCUCUGGGCAUCCUCAGACAGUAGGGCACCAGGGGCAGCAAGUCUUCUUUGAGGAGCACGGCUACAGGCGGCCUGGGCCCACCACAGCCACUCCCCUCAGGCCGGGAUCCAGGCAGCCUCUGCCCAGCGUGGAUGAAGCCAUCGAAAUCCCGGGGUACCAGGUGCCCAUCGUGGUGGAGCCCUCGUACCCGCACUCCCGCGGGCCCCCGCGCAACGACAGCGUGGGGCAGGAAGCCCUUUCUCACACCACCAUCUCCUGGAGGCCACUGCUGGAGAGCUCUGAGUACAUCAUCUCCUGCCAGCCCGUCAGCCAGGACGAGGACACGCUGCAGUUCAGGGUUCCUGGCACUUCCUCUAGUGCCACACUCAAGGGUCUUACAAGAGGGGCCACCUACAACAUCAUAGUGGAAGCCCUGAAGGAUCACCGGAGGCAGAAGGUGCUGGAGGAGGUGGUCACAGUUGGCAAUACUGUGUCUGAAGGAUUAAACCAGCCAGCUGACGACACCUGCUUUGAUACUUACACUGGCUCCUUCUAUUCCAUUGGCGAGGAAUGGGAGCGCUUAUCUGAAACUGGCUUUAAGCUCUGGUGCCAGUGUUUAGGCUUUGGCAGUGGCCAUUUCAGAUGUGACUCUUCUAAGUGGUGCCAUGACAAUGGAGUUAACUACAAGAUUGGGGAGAAGUGGGACAGGCAAGGGGAGAAUGGUCAGAUGAUGAGCUGCACCUGCCUUGGGAAUGGAAAAGGAGAAUUCAAGUGUGAACCUCAUGAGACCACGUGCUAUGACGAUGGGAAGAUGUACCACGUUGGGGAGCAGUGGCAGAAGGAGUACUUUGGAGCCAUCUGCUCCUGCACUUGUUACGGAGGACAGCAGGGCUGGCGCUGUGACAACUGCCGCAGGCCCAGCGUGGAGGUGGCCCCCGAAGGCUCCGCUGGCCACACCUACACGCAGUUCACACAGAGGUACCACCAGGCCACCAACACCAACGUCAACUGCCCCAUUGAGUGUUUCAUGCCCCUAGAUGUACAGGCAGACACACAACAUCCACGGGGAAAGUAACUUCGAGCAAGACUCCUUGCGGCCAUGGCAACAGACAAACCAAAGUAUAAAUCCCUAUGUGCCACGAUUACCAUCCAAACUGGAGUGAUGCUAGCAAAAGUGCAUCUAGUGAGAAUGGCCCUCUGCUCUGGAGCCAUUUUUCCAGCUUAAGCUCAACUCACAGCUUCUCCAAGCGCCACUCUUGGAGUGUUUCAGACUUUUCUCAUGAUUGGUAGCGAUUGUCUUGGUUUUGCUCAAAGUGUUGAAUUCUAGUCGAUAUUUUCAAAUUUAAAGGGGGCAAAGAAAAAAAAGGGGGAGGAGGGGGAGAGGUGCCAAAUGACAAAUUUGGUGGGGGACCAAAAUACUGAGGGGGAGGGAGGGUGUAGAAAUCCACGGUUCCUGUGCUAUGCAAGAACAUUUGAGUACAACAAUGCUGAGGUUUAGGGAUAGGAAAGUCCACCAAACACUUCUGCUUUCACGUAAGCAUGCAGCCAGCAAUAAGAUAGGAACAGCAAAUCCAAUCACUGUGAUAUUUAAAAUAUGCACAGUCCUAAUUCUUUCUUGAUGAUCCUAGUAUUUUUCUAGCUGUAUCUUUAUAUCUCAUACUGUUAUUUAUCAGUUUUGUUCCCCUGACCUUCAAGUGUUUUUAUAUGGGAAUAAAAUGUAUGGAAGACACUUAGUAUGCAGUUGACAAAAGAGGAAUUUGGUGUAAUUAUGAUCAGUGAUUAUUUUUAUACUGUAAGUGCCAAAGCUUUACUACUGUGGAAAAGAAAAGAAACCAACUCUUUUAAUAAAAAGAUUUACAAACCAGA